AUGAGUACAGCAGUUGUUGUCGGACUUGGUCUAGCCGCUGUUGGAUUUGCAGGUCGAUAUCUUGCUCGACAUGGAAAGACAAUUGCAGAAAACUUGACGAAGACCAGUGGCGUUAUUGCUGAAGGGUUAUCAUCGAAAUACUACAAGGGUGGCUUCGAUCCAAAAAUGAAUCGACGUGAAGCAGCAUUGAUAUUAGGAGUCAGUCCAACAGCGAAUAAGAACCGUAUACGUGAUGCUUACAAACGUUUAAUCAUUCUCAAUCAUCCUGACCGAGGUGGUUCUCCGUAUAUUGCUGCUAAAAUCAACGAAGCUAAAGACUUCUUUGAAAGUGGUGCCAAAUGA